AUUUGGAUCGCGCUUCUUUCUUUCCUAAAUGUGCUUAAUGAACUCGUUCGCGCGUCUUCCAGUGUCCUCGCUCCUUUGGGAUUAGGCGAACGUGUUUGUGAAGAAUAAUGUAAACUUCAUUAUUCUUUAUUUUAAAGAUGUCUAAUAGAGAUCAAAUGUAAUUCUCGAAGCAGAAUCCUACUGACGGCGAGUCUGGUUAGUUACAGGCUGAAGUGAACUAAGCCACAUGGACGUCUCGCUCGCUGAAAAUCGAAACUUAAAACACUUGUGCAGACGUGACGACGCACAACUGUUUAUGAGCUGCUGCUGCUGCUGCUGCACUUUGCUCUCCAGUCCUUGUUCAUCAGAUACAAUCCCGCAGUUACAUUUCCUCUUUACACACUUGCUGCCAUGUCUGUCAGUGAGAAUGAAGCAAGCUUCGUCACAGACCAUCCUCCCGAUUCUUUGGCUAUGGAGCUCACGUGCCCCAUCUGUUUGCAGCUGUUCUCCAAGCCAGUUUCUCUUCCCUGUGGUCACAUCUAUUGCCUUGACUGCCUUCAGACCAUGGGGGAAGGCCUUGACCAGCACUUCUGUCCUGAGUGCCAGGCCGAGUACCCGGGACCCAAAGCCCUGGUGAAAAACUUUAAAAUGUGCAGCAUCGUCGACACCUACAAAACCACAGUCAGCCAUGCAGCAUCAGACCAUCAACACUUUAAAGAUUGCGAGAGCCAAAUGGAGGGUGCAGAGUGUGAGGAAACGAUUGACGGUCAAGUUGGGUGCAGUGGCAUAGUCAAAAUGGAAAUGGACGAGCCUAAGUUCAAACUGGCAUCGCAGGUCACUGAGUUGACCGUCAAGCUGGAGAAUGCCGAGGCUGUUGAGAGGAGAGAAAAUGAAUGGGAGCUGGAGGUGACCACUGCUAAUGCCCAGCUGAGAGAGAAAGUAUCCAAACUGUUAGAGCAGAUAAAGGAUUUGUCACAGAGCUACUGUGACCAGGUGACCCAGAUGGUUGAGGAAGAGUUAGGUCCGGGUGAGGCCACUAUAAGGAGUCGAUGCAGUCAAGCCUCUGAGACGACCAAGCAGCUGAGGCAGGUUGUGCUCACAGCCGAGUCCCUGUUGACGGAGGACGAUGAGACCGCAUUCAGUGACGAUCUCCAACGUCUUCAACCGCGCAUCGUGGAGUUACUUGGAGAAGAAGAGGUGGAAGAGGAAGACCUCGUUGAAGCGAAAGUCAACUCCGCGCGAGUCUGUCCCAAGCUGGAAAACAUGAACGCGGAGCUGAGGGAAAGACUUGGAGAGGUUCAGCGCACCAUCCGGAACACCCUCAACCCUUCAGAGGUGACCUUUGACCCGGAAACAGCCCAUCCCAACCUCAUUCUCUCUGAGGAUUUAAAGACGGUGACUUUCAGCUCUGUCAAACAGCCCUACCCGUCCUCUCCUCAGAGGUUCAACAACUUCUACCAGGUCCUCAGCACACAGAGCUUCUCCGAAGGUGAGCACUGCUGGGAAGUGGAGCUUGAAGGUUCCCCGUGGAUCAUCGGCGUGUGCUACAGCGGGAAGCUAGCUCGCAACGGGCUGCCUUCUGCUUUGGAAAGCAGCCGGAGCUCCUGGUGUUUGAUGUGGUUCAACAACCAGCUGGCAGCAUUUGAGCAGAGUCACAGUGUACCACUAAAGAAGACCACGGUGUCGCGCAGGCUUGAAAUCAAGCUGAGCUUCAAGACCAACAGGCUGAGCUUCUACAACAUCAGCUCCACCGCUGGGAAGACUCAUGUGUAUACUUUUAAGAUUAACCUGACUGAACCAGUGCACCUAGCCUACAGGAUGAUGACAGGGCACCCCAAAGCCCGUGUCACUAUUUCUUCAUAAUCGGAGCUACGGUUUGUCAAAAUGUGCUGCAUAGGAAACAGAGUUAAGUAGUCAUAUCUAAAACACCCAAGCUAACACAUGAUUUUUAUGAUUUAAAAAGAACGAGGAUCCAAGGCAUCCUUCUCUGGUGUUCUCAACUCUCUGGCGUCUAGUAAUAAGGUAUCCUGUGCAAGCUGCCAUCUGUUUAUAGCUUGAAAUAGUCAUUUGAAUAAAUUCUUUAUCGCUUUUCCCUUCUGCCAAUAGAAACACAUUAUUCUUGUUUGAACUUCUGGAUAUGUUUCUUUAUUCAUAUAUAAAGUGUGUCCGGUACUAGAUGCUUUGUGUAAUCAUACAGGACUGCUUCUCAAGUUUACCUUGCCAUAAAAUAUGACUGACAUAGCAGUGUGCACAGAUAUAGUGCUCCAAACGGUACAUGGUGAAAUGUUUGUAUUUUUUGUAGCAUAAUGCACUCAAAUGUAACAUAAUUUAUAUGAAGUGUGUGGGGUUUUUUCUGCUUUAUCUGAUAAAUAAAUUCCUUGCAAAAUU